GCAUGUCGGUGGAAACAAUAUGGCAGAAGAAGAAGGGGAAGCAGGUGGACACCAUGUUCUCCUCUUACCAGGACCAAUGCAAGGCAACGUAAACUCAAUGAUGAAGCUGGCACAGCUUCUAGCUCUGCAUCACUUCCACAUCACCUUUCUCACCACCGAUUUCAUCCACCGCCGCCUCUACCGUUUCGCCGACAUCCACUCUCUUUCACAAACCUACCCCAACCUCGAGUUCAAGACAAUCUCCGAUGGCCUCCCAGAUGAUCAUCCUCGUUCCGGUAACAACGCUUUAGCUGACCUCUAUUCUUCAAUGAACUCGUUCGCAAAACCUCUCCUCAGAGACAUUAUUCUCUCCCAAACUGCUGCAAAAUCCAAAAUCACGUGCCUCAUUGGUGACGGAUUCCUUGGAGGCCUCACCGCUGACGUGGCGGAUGAAGUUGGGAUACCGCUCAUCCAUUUUCGCGCCAUCAGUGCUUCAUGCUUCUGGGCUUUGUUCUGUGCCCCAAAUCUCUUUGAAUCCAAUGAACUUCCAAUCAGAGUUUUAUGUUUGUUAUCAAUUAUCAUGCCUGAUAGGAUGAGAACUGAAUCGAAACUUAUUGAAGGAGAGGAAGACAUGGAUCGCAUCAUAUCCAAUCUCCCAGGCAUGGAAAACAUUCUCCGAUGUCGAGAUCUCCCAAGUUUCUAUCGAGGAACAGAAACCAACCUAGUAGACCCUUUAAAAUCCACGGUCUUUGACUGCCAUCAAACGCUUCGAGCCCGAGGAGUCAUACUCAACACUUUCGAGGAUCUAGAUGGUCCUCUAUUGUCCCAAAUGCGUCUCAAGUUUCUCCGAGUCUUCGCCGUCGGUCCUCUCCAUGCGCACGCCAAAACGACGCCGUCCACGAGUUCUUUCUGGGAAGAGGAUAGAAGUUGCUUGACGUGGCUUGACUCUCAGCCGUUGAAAUCGGUGCUAUAUGUCAGCUUCGGUAGCAUUGCUACCGUAACAAGGGAGAGGCUAAUGGAGUUUUGGUACGGUUUGGUAAACAGCAAGAAGAGGUUCUUGUGGGUGAUUCGGCCUGAUAUGGUGGCCGGAGAAGACAACGAUGAGCGGGUAGCGGCUGAGUUGGAGGAAGGGACUAAAGAGAGGGGGUUCAUAGUGGGGUGGGCGCCACAAGAGGAGGUGCUGGCACACAAGGCCAUAGGUGGGUUCUUGACGCACAGUGGGUGGAACUCUACCUUGGAGAGUUUGGUGGCUGGUGUGCCCAUGAUUUGCUGGCCAUGCUUUGCGGAUCAGCAGAUUAACAGCAGAUUUGUGAGUGAGGUUUGGAAAGUUGGGUUGGACAUGAAAGAUUUGUGUGAUAGAGACGUUGUAGAGAAGAUGGUAAAUGAUCUGAUGGUUCAUAGGAGGGAGGAGUUUCUGAAAUCAGCUCAAGCAAUGGCUACGUUGGCUCACAAGAGUGUGAGUCCAGGUGGUUCUUCUUACUCCAGUCUCCAUGAUUUGGUUGAAUUCAUUAAAUCAGCUAGCAGGAAAAUUAACUGACACUACACAAUUCAAAUUUCCUUCUUGUAACCAUGGCUCGCAUCCAAUUUGAAUCCUAAGAAACUAGUUGAGGUGUGUCAGCGAGGUGGCCCCUAAUGGUAUCGUAUUAUAUUUAAGUUCCUUUAUUAUUCUCACCAAAUAAACGCAGCUUUUCUUUAGGGGGGUUUUGUCACAUCUUCAUGUUUCUCUUUAUUUCAUCAAUGGAUUUAUGUACAUGAUAUUUCA